AUGAGAAAUAACGAUAGGGCCUCUGACUUAAUAUAUUUAAUUGAUAUUCAUUCAUUACAAUACCUUUCACAAAAAUUGAAUCUGGAAUUAAGGAAUUUAGUUAUUCUUAUUGUUAUUGACAAAAAAAAUAGAAGAUUACCCAAACCUUUUAAUAACUGUCCUGGAUAUAAUCUGAAAUAUGUGGAAUCAUAUAUUAACAAAUAUUGUGGUAUUAAUAAUUAUCAACAAUUCUUUGAUGAACUCUUUGAAACUGAAAGACGAUAUGAUAUACUAUCAGUUAUUAAACCAUAUGAAACUCCAAUACAGUGGGCUAUUUGGGUUAGAGUUCCUUUACAAGAGCUAGUCUCUGAGAGAAAGAGAAGCGAUUAUCAUACACAUGCUCUAUUUCUAGCAUUUGGUAAAGUUAAUGAUGAAAAGCCAAAGAAGAUAUAUGCUAAUGCUAUUUAUAGAUAUAUUGAAAGACUUGAACCAGCAGAUUUGAUGAAGCAACAUUGGGAUUAUUCAUAUAGCAAAGCUAAAACUAGAGAUGGCUUAUUGAGUUUACUGAAUAAUAAUACUCUUAAAGAAGAGAAAUUUCUAGGUUUAAUCCCUCACAAAGUGAAAAACCCAAUCUCUUUAGAUCAAAUUAAAAUGUGUCUUAAUAAGGAAUAUGGCGAGUAUAUAAAAAAAUAUAAUAGACUUCCAUAUAUUGCUGAAUUUGAAAUUAGUAGAUAUUAG